AUGUACUUCACACGGACAUUGUUAUUAUUCGUCGCAACCUCAAGCUUGGUUGCUUCAUCACCAUUCACACACAACAAGCGUGAUGCAGCAUCGACGAGCUCAAAGCAGCUAUCUGCUACCACCGCAACAUCCUCAGAGGCGCCUUGCCCUACCACACCCGAAGCAGGCACCUACUGCGGCUUCGUAAAUCCAGAAGACCCAUGUGCACCCCAACCAGGAGGACAAGGCCCAAGGAUAGUCCCGGACACGGUAUCAGCCUUCAAGCAGUACACACCCUUCCAAAGCAUAUCUUUAAACAACACAUACGCGCCUGGCUACACGAACAUCUUCAAAAACCUCACUGCAGCAGCCGACCUGCACGAGUACCUUGGCAUGUACUAUCUCGACACAUACUCUCCCUCUGCCUGCGCACAGAAAUGCAACACCGCUACAAACUGCACAAGUUUCAACAUCUAUGUGGAACGCGACCCGAGUCAAAAUCCUACCAAGAAUGACUCUACAGCACCUACAGUAUGGGGAUAUUGGUGUCCCAAUCCACCCUCCAUCACAAACUACGUCUGUGCGCUUUGGGGCGAUGGCAUGUAUAACUCUUCAGCGACGAACUAUGGCCAAUACCGAGGAGGCGAUUUCGAAGUCGUUAUUGUGGGCAGUAAUGGCUUUGUCAAGAAUGGAGUUUACAAUUCUUCUUCGUAUUGGAGUGCGGCACCGUCUCCAGUCUCGACGUCUGGGAUGCCGCAGCCGAGCGCGAGUAGUAUGGUGGCGUAUACUGGAGGUGCUGGUGCGCUCGAGAGGGGAUGGUUGUGGAUGGCAAGUGCGUUGCUCGUUGCGACGAUGAUACUUCUGUGA